UGCGGCAGCAGGGUGGAGGCCUACGUAUUUUCGUGGGGGUGGGGUUGCGACGCAGAGUUUACCAUAUUUCUUUGGGGUUGCUGCGGCCGCCGAAGUUGGCAAGGUUGUGCGUAGGGUCAGGUGGGGUGGGGGUCAGCUUUUGCGAUUAAUGCAGUUAUCUGAUAAGAGCAACGUCUCGGGAGGCUUGCCGUCUUUAUGGGGGCGGGGAGAAGGGGCGCGGGAGUCGCUGCGGGAGAGUUACCGUAUUUGCGUUGAGCAGCGCAGACUGUAGAGCAAAGAGCUGCCACCGGAGACCGGAGGAGCAGGGGCUCAGCUGGGCUGUGAGUGUGGCAUGGGAUGGAAGAACUUGGGGGAGAGACGAGGGGCCUCUCGGCGUGCAGGCGGGGCCUCAGUCAGGGGUAUGGCAGGGGAGAGUGAGGAGGCUGCCCAGUGACAGGGCCAGGCUGAGAUUGGCCAAGGGGACUUUGAUGAUCUGUCUUUGCAGAUGUCAGUGCAGCUGCCUGUGGAAAAGAUUUGUGGGUGGGGUCUCUUGCAAGUAGGACUUGUCUCCUUCCCCAGGGUGUCAGUUCCACCCUGGCCUCGAGGGUAGGGAAGACAGAGGAGGUGGCCCCGAGACUCCACUCUGCUGAUAGGUUGACUGAGGCUGGAAGUGAAGGGAGGCCUUCAGGGAGGUCCAGUGGAACAUCCAGCCAGGCCUCCCUGAUGGGGUUGGGGAGAAUGGAUGAAGCAGGCCUCAGGGCCCUGCAGGAGCCCAAUUUUUCGGGGGGUCAUGGGAGUGGUAGCAGUAGAUUCCUGGCUCCCACAGGAGAUGUGGCCCUUUGGAAUGCAUGGCUCUGUGACCUGGGAUGGUGGCAGUGGGGUGUGUGUGUGUGUGUGUGUGUGUGUGUGUUUUGGGGAGUGUUUAGUUGUUGAGCAGCUAGUACAUUGAAAAGAGCUUUCGACAGUGAGGGAGGAGACUUAAGGCCUAGUCCAGGCUCACCUUGCUCUGUGACCUUGGCAAGUAUGUUGACCUCACUGAGCCUCAGUUUCCCCAUCUUCAAGUGGGGAUCCAUAACUCUGUUCUGCCCCUUCCUCGGGGCUUUUAUGAGGACAGUGGGAAACAAUUUAAGAGGAAUCUUAGGAGAAACAGCAUGAAGUGAGCCAGGUUUGGGGGCUGGCUGGGCACUGAGUGUGCUGCCCAGGUCUGGGCCUGGCUUUGCUGUGAGGAUACCAGGAGGAAUCACGCUGAGACCAGUCCCCCUGGGAGCUCACACCCUGGUUCAGUGACUUGGAAACCUUUUGAACACAUGCCUCGUUUUGAUAAACAAAGAGCUGCUGCCUUUAAUGUUUAACUGAGGUCACUUUCAGGUGUACAGGGUUUUGUUUUUGUUUCUUGUUUGAAGCUUUGCAAACAUAUCUUUAAGUCACAGAUAAUCCUACCCUUCUCUCCAAGUUUGGGGUGCACCACCCUACCUCCCCCUGUCCUUGAGAAUCUGGUUGAAGGAUAGGACAUAUUUAGAUGAAGGUAACUGAAAAUCCUAGGAGUCCCCGAAUAUUAUGCAUCGGCAUCUAUCCAGUGUCUUGUGUGGCUGACAUGGUGCUUGGUGCUGGGGUUAAAAGAAGGCAGCUCUGUCCUUAAGGUGUUAGGAGUUGAGGGACAAAGGUGACAUGACUGACUCUCGUGCAGCGGAUGAGUGAGGACCACAGGGUUGUGUCACACGGUGUAAGACUGGGGUGGAAGGGUUGGGGAAGGCUUCCAGGAGGAGGUGCCCUUGAGAAGGGCCUGGAAGGAGUAUAGGCCGUGAGUAAAGGGCAAUGGAGGAAGCAACACCGAUUCCCAGCAGGGGAACUUGAGCUUGAACAAAACGGGGCAAAAGGUGAGGUUGUGGGAGGCAAGUGUCCCCCGCCAGGCUGGGGGUUGGCUAACCCUCGGGUCCCUCAACCCCUCUCUCCGCUUCUGUCUCCCUAGGGACUGGUGAUUGCAGCUGGAAGUGCCCAUGACCGAGCUGGCGUCCUCCGGGGGCGGGUCCCCUGCCGGGGACGGGGAGGAGGGUCUAGGGGACGAGCGAGGCCUGGUCAUCCACCACCCGGCGGAGGAGCAGCCCUACAGCUGUCCGCUGUGCGGCCAGACCUUCUCGCAGCAGCCCAGCCUAGUGCGGCACCAGAAGGCGCACGCCGGGGCGGGCCGCGCGGCCGCCUUCGUGUGCCCCGAGUGCGGCAAGGCCUUCAGCGUCAAGCACAACCUCGAGGUGCACCAGCGCACGCACACCGGGGAGCGGCCCUUCCCCUGCCCCGAGUGCGGCCGCUGCUUCAGCCUCAAGCAGAACCUGCUCACGCACCAGCGCAUCCACAGCGGCGAGAAGCCGCACCAGUGCGCCCAGUGCGGCCGCUGCUUCCGCGAGCCGCGCUUCCUGCUCAACCACCAGCGCACCCACGCGCGCAUGCCCGCGCCGCACCCACGUCGCCCCGGCGUCUUCGGGGAGCGGCGGCCCUACUUCUGCCCCCGCUGCGGCAAGAGCUUCGCGCGCGAGGGCUCGCUCAAGACCCACCAGCGCAGCCACGGCCACGGGCCGGAGGGCCAGGCCGCCCACUUAGGCCGUGUGCUAUGAUGCGCCCAGGGCCUGCUGCGGACGGCUGCUUCCUGUCCCGCACGUGCCUCCCCGACCCCUGGAGAUGGCCCUGGGCUGCAGCCCCCUCUCUGGAUGGGAUCCUGGCCGAGGGGCAGGGCUGGCUUGGGCUCUUGAAGGUGUGGGCCGCCCCCUUGCAUUCCUCCCUCUGGACCCUCCGGCUGGCUGCACUCAGCUGCUUUGGCCUCCUGCCACGGUGCUCCUUCCCUGGCCCAUCCGGCCUAGAGCAGAUUCGGAGUGGGAGGAUCUUAUGACCGAUAGGUGCAGGGCCCAUCUGGAUGUGGAGACCAGGAAUGGGGUUCCACGGGGGCCUGGCUGGCACUGCACCCUGGCAUGAGGACACGUCCACUACGAAGACCUUCCUGGAGAGAUGCCCCGUGGUGACCAGUGGAGGUGACUGGUUGGAGCCUGGCAUUGGAGGCAGAUACCAAGCUCUGGUGGACAAACUGCCCAGGCCUGGUGGGGGCCACAGCUGGGGCAGACCUCAUCCUGGCUGCCUGGACAUAGGCCACUCUCUGCCACUGGUGGUAGUUCGAUGCCUGUGUGGAGAGCUGGCUUCUCUGCUCCUGCCUGGCCCACCGCUUGGCUAGAGUUCAGAGACAGGAAGUGACUGGUCUAAGCUGACACAGCAAGUUGGUGGCAGACCUGGUUCUAGAGGCAAAACCUUCUGCCACAUGUAAAUGAAACCUGCAGCUUCCUUUUCCUUUCUGAGCAGGGCUUCUUAGCACUCUGGGAACACGAAGCCCUUGGAAAAUCUGAUGAAGGUUACGGACCUUCUCUAGGAAAACAGACAACUCAUGCAGACUCAAAAACCCUAAGCAAUUUCAGGAGCCACUGGACUUCCUGAAUGAAACCCACCCCUGGACUCCAGGCUAAGACCCUCAGCCCCGGGGGCUUCACCUGCUGCCCAUUCGCUACCUGUCACACACUGAGCCCCGAGUCAAGGCCACUGUACAGGUAGUGCCCCUCCCUCCCCUGGCCAAGCCUCCUUCCUUUGUUCGGGAAUAAAGAAUUCCAAGGAG